AUGACUCGUAAUAUGUUACGUGUCCUGUUGAUUCUGAUUAGUUUGCUAUAUAUUGAGACAGAGGAGGAGCGCAACUUCUUCAUGGAUGUUACCAAUACAACUUGUGCAAAAUUUGGCAAACAACUUCGUUUUAUUGAAUGCGAAUCUUUCAAAUUUUGUUCCAGUCAUUAUGGUAUCAGUGUUAGAACAAUCUUCACUCGCGACAUGGGUAGAACUUUGAGUGGUCGUGUUUUGAUGAAAGGAACAUUAAGAAAAUCGAAUCGAACCAUAACCAUUUUGGAUAUACGAAUUCAUGCGUGCUCUGCUUUGAAGCAAAUGACCUCGAAUAUGUUUGUCAAGCGAAUAUUGAUUGCAUUCAAGAAAACCAAUAAUUUGCCCACAAAUUGCCCACUAAAAGCGAAUGUUUUGUAUAGAAUGGAUAACUUCUCGGUUUCGGAUACUUAUAUACCAACAUUUUGGCCACUUUUCAAUUUUACUUAUACAGUUGAGUUAUACGAUAGAAGUUACUUAUUUGCUAUGUGGGAAGUCAGUGGAGGCUUAGUUCCAAAAUCAUAA